AUGUCAUACGAAUCAUCCGCUGCCGAGGUCGCGGAGGACUACCGUCAAGCUCUUGAAGAUUUGACUACCAACGUGCGAUUCGAAAUUAGCAAUCUGACAAUGAUUGCGAGAGAGCAGACCGAGCAUGCCCAGGUCAUCUCCGAAGUUUUACAGGAUCACAUCUUGAAGGCUCCAGCACACAAGAAGCUGCCGGCCCUCUAUGUUCUCGAUUCGAUCGUCAAAAAUGUCGGCACUCCGUACACGCUCUUCUUUGGAGCCAAACUAUACACAACGUUCAUGGAGGCCUACGCCGCCGUUGACGGCCAGGUUCGCCGUAAGAUGGACGAAAUGCUUCGCACAUGGAAGGAACCAGUUCCCGGGUCUCUCGAUAAGCGGCCAGUCUUCACCCCUGAAGUCACGCAGCCGAUCGAGAACGCUCUACUGAAGGCUCGCACAUCUGCUCUCCAAGCCCAGCAAGGACGAGGAGGUGGCCGCGGACGACCUCCUGUUGCCCCCUACCGCGAAACCCCGACGCCGCCAGGCAUGCGACCCGGAUCGAGCCAACCGAUGCCAUACAGCCAGCCCCCGCCUAUACCCCAAGCGAAUGGCACCCGCCCUCCCAGCGCGCCGAUUCCUCACCACCCACAGAUGGCGCCCUAUGCGCCUCCUCCGCCUUCAUAUAGUGCUCAGCCCUCAGCGGCUCCUGGCCCUUACCAGCCCCCUCCGCAAAUGCCAUACGUGGCUGGACUCUCGGGUCCGCCUCAUGCUGCUGGGAUCAGCAAAGACUCUCUGGGCCAAGAUAUCCAGAAGUUGAUUGAUGCGUCGAAGUUGGAGUUUGCGCAGAACCCACAUGAUCAUAGUAUUCAACAAAGACUCAAGGCGUUGUUGGAUGUGCAGAGCUUGCUUCAACACCAGAACUUGCCCCAGGACCAGUUGGUCCUGAUUAAGAAUCAAGUAGCCGAUCUUGCUGUAAAAGUGAGGCCGUUUUCGGCCCAGAGCUCAACCCCUGUUGCUACACCCGUCCCCUCUCAUCCACCGCCGCCUCCUGCGGCGCCCGUAAUUUCGUCUGGGCCACCGCAGCAGCAAGCUGCAGUGACGCUUGAUGCGCUUUUGGGCCAAGGAGCUCUUGCUGCGUUACUGAGACAGUCAGCUGCACCGCAGACUGCUACGCCACCACCUCCCCCGGCCAACAUAGCGAUUCGAUCCCCUCCACCGCAGAAGGUCGAACCGCACCGACAGCCCAGUGCGACGCCUUCAGCGGAUCCCAUGGCUUUACUGGCCGGCUUACGACAAGCGGGACUGCUUCCCGGGCCAGCUCCGAAUGUAACACCAAAGCCAGCACCUCCUUCGGGGCCGGUACCACCUCUCGGAAUGCCCAUGAUGCCUCCCGGCCUGUUGCCCCCCAAUCUUGCAAGCUUGCUGGCAUCGGGUCAACUGCCGCCGCGUCCUCCUCUCGGGGGCAUGAAUGGCAACCAGCUUGAUGCCACAGCCCUCAAGCAGCAAUUCCAGCCACAUCUGAUACCCUCUGUGUUCGAACAGCUGGGUCCCCAGUGUACUCAGUGCGGUAGGCGGUUCAAGACGGACGAGGAGGGAAGGAAGAAGAAGAUGGCACACAUGGAUUGGCAUUUCAAAGCCCAUCAACGGCUUGCGGAAGCAGAGAAAAGGGGCCAGCACCGCAGCUGGUACGUCGACAAUAAUGACUGGCUCAAGUCACGAGAAGCUAUCGACGUCGAUCACGUCCAAUCGGCGGACAGCUCAUCGUCCAGCCCCGGCCGGGCGAAGAAGGAAGCCAAGCCUCGGUAUAUCCCAGUACCGGAUGCCUCGAGCGGCAUCAACAGCGUGUGUCCUAUCUGCCAGGAGAAGUUUGAGAACAAGUGGUUAGAUACUGCUCAAGAGUGGGUGUGGUUGGACACCACACUGGUCGGCAACCGAGCAUACCACUACAGCUGUCACUCGGAAGCGACACAGGCCAGGGAAAGCACGCCAGUAUACUCGAGAGGAACGCCCGAGCCAGUGCUGGGCAAGCGCAAAGCGGAAGGUGACUUGAAGUCGCUACGAGGUAGGGCCAAGAAAGACAAAGACGCAGCCAAAUGGCCCAAGACGGAACUCGACUACUAG